GAACAAAUUCCAGAUCUUUUGAUUUCUUUCACUCAUCUCCGAACUUCACUGAGCUUUCUGCAGCAAUGGCUUCCCGAUCUCCUCCCUUACAUCCGCAAGCUUCAGACCUAAUUCCAACAAUUCCCCAAAUGAUCGAAUCGUUGUCGAAACUGCACGGAGAGCUCUCCACUGCCCUCAAAGAAUCCACCACCAGGGCCCAAGCCGCCGCUAAUCGGCGUGCUCCAGCCUCCGCCGACGAUCAGAUAGAGGAGGCUGCAAGGCCUCAUACAGAGACUAAUGCUAGCAUCAGGGCGAAUCAAAAUCCCCAAUUUGAGAAGUUAUUGACCAACAUCGAGCAUUUGAAGGGGGCGUUGGAGGCAACAAACGAGCUCGAUAAGCAGCUCAAAGAGCCGAUACAGAGCAUAAAAGGCAGUCUCGAGGAGGUUAUCAAAAGCGUCGAAUUAGAUCAGAAAAUCGAAGAGAAUUUUCUUGAUGCGGUAAGUAAGGAUAUGAAGACGUUGAAGUUCCAAAUUCCUUCGUACCAAAAGUUGUCCUUGGCUGGAAACACCGCCCAUUUGGUUGACAAGGGAGGUGGAACGGCGAGGCAGGAUGAGUUCAAGUUGCCAAAUUUGUAUGCCCAUAAGGUGUUCGACGAAAGUCCUGCUUUUAUAGAAAUUCAGGACAUUUACAACGGCUUUGGUGAUGAUAUCUGUAAGAAGUGCUUUUUGUAUUUUGCUGCGUUUCCUGAAAAUGUAGUGUUGAAGAAGCGAUUACUUACACAUUGGUGGAUUGGAGAAGGCCUUCUGGACUCUUCUGGCAGUGGAGAUCAAAUGCCUGAAGUUCGUGCUGGUGAGAUCCUUAAGAAAUUUGCAGAGAAGGGUUUGAUUGUGCCGCUGAAGGAAGAACAGAAGAAGGUCAAAAAGAAGUUUACAAUGCCACCUAUUGUUCGUUCUGCUGCAAUUAUCCUGGCCAAAAAAGAGCAGUUUUUGAAUUAUGAUUCCGGGGACAACCCAAUUGGCAAAUCUUCUGGCUGUGAUAGGAUUUUUCUGGUGAAGGGGGGAGGUCUUCGCCAGCCGAAAGCACCGACGUUGACGACGGAUCAGAAUUUGGAAGUUACCAUGGAAUCAAUCUUCAAUGUUAGCCAACCUUUCCCUGAUUCUGCAUUGGAGUGGUUGGCCAAGAAAGGGGAAGUAGACAUGAGAACUGACAAAGUUGUGGAGUGGUUGUUAAAGCUGAAAAACCUCAAAGUUCUUUACUUGGGGAGAUGGCAAAGUGCAGUUGAUGAGCAGCAAAUUGAGGUCGAAAGCCUUGAGUUCUUAGAAGGUUUGAAGAAGAUGAAAAAACUGAGGCUUUUGAGCCUCCAAGGGAUCUCCUGGAUCAACAAGCUUCCAAAUUCCAUAAGAACAUUGAGUGAACUCAGAGUGUUAGACUUGAAAUCUUGUUUCAAUCUGGAGACACUUCCUCAGGGCAUAGGAUCUCUCAAGAGGCUCACACAUUUGGAUGUCUCCGGCUGCUAUAUGCUUGAUCAGAUGCCAACAUCCAUAUCCAAACUCACUGAACUUAGAGUCUUGAAGGGGUUUGUUACAGGGAGGUCAAGUCUCAAUGAUCUGAGAGGUUUUAAGAAGCUCAGAAAGUUGAGCAUCAACACGAACAGGCGUGAUUUCCCCGACGAAACGGAUCUCCGUGUUCUCCAAGAUCUUGGGGAGCACGGUAAGCUUCGAACUCUCGGCAUUGUAUGGGUGGCUGAAGGGUUGAAGCAACCAUCAUCAGGCGAACGAAACAUGAUACGACAAGUAACGAGGAAAAUCGGCAGACAGCUAACCAUGCAAUUGAGCAAACAAAGGGAUCAGUCUAAUGAUGUGAUCUUAGAACUACCAAAAGAGUUAGAGAAGCUUGAGAUGGAAUGUCUGCCAAAGGAGAAGCUACCCUUAUGGCUAAAUCCUUCAAAUUUGACAAGCCUGAAGAGACUCUACAUUAGAGGAGGGAAACUAGCAGAGCUCGGGAACGAACCAUGGAAGGCCGAGGUCGUUCGUCUGAAAUACAUGACGGAAUUAAAGAUAGAAUGGAGAGAACUUCAGAAAUCUUUCCCAAAUUUGAGUUACUUGCAGAAAGUACGAUGUCCAAGAGUUACUUUCUGCCCCUGUGAUGCCAAUGGAGUGUGGAUGAAACCAUGCCAGUAGUGAUAAAAACAAUGGUGGCAUUGAGAAGCAGCAACCUAAAAGAGCAGCUGGUUAUGGUGCGUAUACUAAAUGUAUGGUUCUUUCUGAGUCUAUAUUCAUUUUGGUUAUGUUUCCUGAAUGUUUGCUCAUGAGUUGAUUUCAUUCAUAGAAAAUUGAAUUGAGAGUCAUUGAAGUUGGAUCUA